UGUAACCAGAAGUAGAAUCCUAAAUCCAGAGAUUGACGAAGCUUUGGUCGAAGGGAGAAAGCAUAACUUUGCCUUGAGAAAAGAGUAACAGAAUAAGACAAAAAAGAAAUGUGAAUAUGUUCACAAAGUUCCGAAAGAGGCAAAGAACAUUACUUUAACAGCAAUCAAUGCUCGAACCUCACCAAACUGUAUAUAUGAACUGCACAUUCCUUCGAUCUUUUCUUCCAGAGAAAACCGAAACCCAUCACCCGAAAAUGGGCAUUGUUUAUUUUCUCGUCGUCCUUCUCUUUUGGCCAUCUCUACUGGCUUCGUUUCCCGACACGACAGUCUUUAACACCCAUGAAGAUGGGAACUUUCGGUCUUUAGUCGAACAAGCUUGCAAAGAUAUCGACGCCCAUGACUCGUGCAUCUCGAAUAUUCAAACCCAUAUUGAGAAAUCAGGUCGCGGACGCAACCCUCGUUCGGUUUUGACCGCAGCGAUCAAGGCGGCCCACGACGAGGCCAAGCAUGCCGUGGAAGGGAUCCCGACGUUUACGACGUUAUCCAUCAGUUUCCGUGAACAAGUCGCCAUAGAUGACUGUAAGGAGCUUCUGGACUUCUCGGUGACGGAGCUGGCUUGGUCGAUGGCCGAGAUGAGCAAAAUCCGGCAAGGAAAAAGCGGUCCUGACUCGGGAGGUAACCUAAAGGCCUGGCUCAGUGCCGCGCUGAGUAACCAAGAUACUUGUCUCGAAGGGUUCGAAGGGACAGACAGAAAGUUAGAGACUUUACUCAGAGGGAGCUUAAGACAAGUCACUCAGCUCAUAAGCAAUGUCUUGGAGUUGUACACGCAGCUCAAUAGCCUGCCCUUCAAGCCAUCUCGGAACGAGACGCUGCAGAAUUACAAAAACACCCCUGCCGCAGCACCCGAGUGGCUCAGCGAGUUGGACGAGAGCCUGGUACAGGCCGAUCCACGUGGGAUGAACAUGAAUGCAGUGGUGGCGCAAGACGGGAGCGGGAAAUACAGGACGAUCACGGAGGCGAUCGACGAGGCUCCGAACCAUAGCAACACAAGGUACGUUAUAUACGUGAAGAAGGGUGUGUAUAAAGAGAAUAUCGAUAUGAAGAAGAAGAAAACGAAUAUUAUGAUGGUCGGCGACGGAAUUGGACAGACUAUCAUCACCGGUGACCGGAAUUUCUUGCAGGGCCUUACCACUUUCCGGACAGCUACCGUCGCGGUUUCUGGAAAAGGGUUCAUAGCGAGGGACAUAACAUUCAGGAACAUGGCCGGACCGAAGAACCACCAGGCCGUGGCCCUGAGGGUCGACUCGGACCAGUCGGCCUUCUUCCGAUGCAGCAUGGAGGGCUACCAGGACACGCUCUACGCCCACUCCUUGCGCCAGUUUUACCGAGAAUGUGAAAUCUACGGAACCAUAGACUUCAUAUUCGGAAACGGUGCAGCCGUCCUGCAGAACUGCAAAAUCUACACUCGGGCCCCGUUGCCGCUCCAGAAGGUAACCAUAACCGCGCAGGGCCGGAAAAACCCUAACCAGAACACGGGGUUCGUGAUCCAGAACAGUUAUGUGUUGGCCACGCAGCCUACUUAUCUUGGACGGCCAUGGAAAUUGUAUUCGAGAACUGUGUAUAUGAGCACUUACAUGAGCCAGAUGGUUCAGCCGAGGGGCUGGCUCGAGUGGUUCGGUAAUUUCGCUCUCGACACCUUAUGGUAUGGUGAGUAUAAGAAUUAUGGGCCUGGUUCCGCCCAAUCAAGCCGAGUUAAAUGGGCUGGGUUCCAUUUCAUGGACAGGCCCGCUGCCGAGUUCUUCACUGUGGGUUCCUUCGUCGAUGGCCGGAGAUGGCUCCCGGCCACUGGGGUCCGGUUCACGGCCGGCCUAACCAAUUAAUUUAAACCAUGUUUUAUAUAUUGUUGAUUCGUGAGCCUCGGAUUAGUUGGGCGUUGAUGUAUAUUUGUGAUUUGUGUGUAUGCGCAUUUAUAUUGAAUAUAAUUAAUGUAGUGGCUCCCGACAAUA